ACAUCGUAAAACACACAGAAACAUCAAAAUGCAGCGCGCGUAAUGGCUCGAUCCAGUCCGGAUUUUCCAUGCGAUGCGCGUCGGAGCCCUGGAGGUGGAUAAGCUGGUAGAGCCCGCUCUCUCUCAUGCCAUGCUGGGCCACAAGGGCUCCGGGAGACGCUGCUACAUAUUACCGAGAACCGGGAUGGAGGAGAGGCGGAGGGGGGAAGAAAAAAAAGUUUCGUUUAAACCUGGCAGAGAAACUUUCAACAUGAAGCCUCACUGACGCACCAUUUCGACACCACCACCAGAGCUAGAACAAAGCUUGCUUUUCCACUGAAUACAUUUUCCUCCUCCCAGCUUGUGUUUUUCUUCCCUCUUGUAUUAUUCUCCGUGCGUGCACGGCUGGUCGGGGCUCGCUGUCAUUGCGCGCUGAGAUGUUGGAGUGACCAUGGCUGCGCAAGUUGCAUCGGCUCCGACCAGAACUAAUAACACAAAUAAGAAAUUGUCAAGCGGUUUGUGUCCGGAGCUCAAUUCGGGGAAAUCAGGAGGAGGAGGGUCCGUACAGCGGACUGGACCGAUGCUGGGCUCCGGAGAUGGGACUCUGAAUAAUGUAGACCAUCACCGCCGAAACGAGCUCAACAUGGUUCAUUCAACUUCCACGACUCACAACGCUUCGGACGGCCACGACAAAGAUGGGAAUAACCUCACGUCCGCCUCGGCUUCGACUAAUUCCUCCACUUCCUCGAUGGAAACGGGUUUGAUUGCGAACCACAAGCUGAAAUGUGUGGGGAGCGGAGAUCCCCCUCAGUCUCAGCCGCCGCAGCAGCAGCAGCAGCCGCCGCAGUUCGGACAAUUUGCGCCACAUCAGCAGCGACAGAUCCAAAGUAACAACACCGCCAACAACAACGGCCAGGGGCCCCGUGGGGACAAGGGGAUGGAUCACCAGCACCACGGCGGCAAAGAGAACCUGUUGGGGGGCCAGGGAGAGCCACAGCAACACAUGCCAGGAAAAGGUGAGGGGGAGCUCACCUGUAAACCCGCGGAGAGGAUGAUGGGUACCAGGUAUGAACACUCUAACUUGGGGCCAACUAGUAACAACUCUGAGUUUAAUAACAACUAUUACACUCCGAGGCCUUGUUAUGAGCAACAUGGCGGACAGCAGCAGCAGAGCAGUGGGAUGGGGAUAACGCACUCUUCGGCACAGAACAGCAUGGAGAACUCCCACGAAGCGGGGUACCAGAACAGCCAGUACAAUCAGUACCCGGCGUACAGGGCAGGCUACGGCGGAGGGGCCUACGGGAUGAUGGGCCCCACCGGAGGCAGACAACCUGGGAACAUGAUGAUGGGCAGCAACUCCUCAGCAAGCCACAGCAAGUCCCCUCUGGGAGCUGCUUCGGGGGGCUUUCAGAGGUUCCCGGGACAAACUCAGCAGCAGCAGCAACCGCAGCAGCAGCAGCAUCCCUCAGGGGCCACCCCGACUCUAAACCAACUGCUGACGUCCCCCAGCCCCAUGAUGCGGGGCUAUGGCGGUGCAUAUCAAGACUACAGCGGCCCCACGGCGCAGCAGCAAGCAGGCAUGGGCCUAGGGAAAGACGCGGGGCCCCAGUACGGAGCCAACUCGGCUCAUGGAUGGGGAGGGCAGCAGAGAAACCAUCCGCAAAUGAGUCCAGGGAAUGGAGGGCAAGGCCUCGGCAGGGCUCAGGUGUCCUCCAUGGACUUCAUGGCUAUGAAGCGCUCGCAGCUGUACAGCAUGGCCAACAAUGCCUACUCCAGCCAACAGCAAGGGGGCGGGCCUUACCCUCCAAACCAGCCAUACACAUCGCCUCCUCCGCACAGAUAUCCAAUGAGCAUGCAGGGGAGGCCUCAAAUGGGCAUGGCCGGGAUGCAGUACCCUCAACAGCAGCAGGUGGCGCCAUAUGGACAGCAGGGGAUGGGGGGCUUCAGCCAGCAGCAACAGGCGGGGCAGCAGGGGAACCCUCCGUACUUCAGCCCCCCCCAGCAGACCCCGCCAGGACCCGCUCAAAGCCCCUACCUGCAGCCUCGACCACCCCCCCCAACAGGUACUAACACCAGCUCAUCAGAGCCAGACACACACUGUGCUGAGGCCCAGCAGGAGACGUAUGGCCCUAGGGGUCCAGCCCCAGGGAACUCUGGGAAGGCCAACAACGAGGAUGGCGUCCCCCAGGACCGCCCAUCUAGUCUCCCGGAUCUGUCCGGCUCCAUUGAUGACCUCCCCACUGGGACGGAGGGGGGUCUGGGCUCCGCCGUCAGCGUGGCCGGCUCUUCCAGCAGCAGCACCAGCAGCCAAGGGGAGCAGGGAGGGGCCGGCAACCAGGGACAGUCCCCCUUCUCCCCUCACGCCUCCCCCCACCUCGCCAGCCAGAGGAGCGGGCCCUCUCCGUCCCCUGUGGGCUCCCCCGCAGGCUCCACUCAGUCCCAGCACUCGCGCUCCGGCUCCGGGCCCAUCUCUCCUGCCAGCGGACCCCCAGCCAACACCUCUGCACCAGGUUCUGCGAUGGCCUCACAGAGCUCUGGGAAUGGACCAGAAGGAGCCCACCCGCCAAACACCCGCUCACCCAUGGCUCAGGAGAAAGGGUUCAUGUCUAACAUGCAGAGGAACCAGCCAGGCUCUCAGUUUGCUUCUCCUCAGUCAGGACCUCCCAUGUCCCCCCACCCCUCACCUGGGGGCCCAUUGUAUCCUGGGAUGGGUCCCUACUCCCAGAGCGGCCCUUCUGGUUCUCAUGGACCUCAAGGAUCACAGUAUGGACACCAAGGUAACUACCCUCGGUCCUCCAACUACAGUGGGCCUGCCAGUACUGGCUACAGCGGCCCUGGCCCCGGCAUGACCAACAGUCUGGGAAUGAAUGCUAGCAGCCCCAUGCACGGCCAGGGGCCCGGCCAGCCCAUACCUGUGGGACGCAGCCAUGGCGCAGGCAGCCAGAACAGGGUGUACCCACCCAUGGCCCCCAGCUCCCCCGGCAUGCCCCAGCCAGCUGGGCCCGGGAUGGGCCCUCCCUCUUUGGGUAGCUCUAACCGCAAGGCCCAGGAGGCAGCAGCAGCUGCCAUGCCGGGAUCUGCCAACUCGACACACAACAGGCGGCCUCCUUAUGCGAGGUCCCAAGCCCAGAUGCAGCCACGUCAUCCCACCUCCACCCACUGGCCUGCACCCUACCCCACCUCCACCUCCACCUGUCCACCACCUUCCCCUCCACUCAGACCUCACCAUCCACCCAUCCUGCCACCCUCACAUUCACAGCACCAUAGGCAGGGCAGCUAUCAGGGCCAGAGCAUCAGCCAGGCCAGCACCAUGGCUACCACUGUGCCCUACAGCCAGCCAACGGGGAACAACAGCUCCGCCAUGAGCAACGCACAAGCUCCAGCAUACAACAUGCCACCUUCAGGAGACAUGGGAAUGUCGGGAGACGGGAUGAUGAGCCCUGAUGUGAAAGCGAAGGCGGACGUAAAAGACGACAGCGUCCCCGCCAACGAGCCUCACAAACCAAAGCAGCUACAGGACGGCUACAGCAACACUAACAGCAGCAGCUCCCAGCAGUGUGUGUCGCAGCCCACCACGCCAGGGGGUGCGCUGCCCGUGCCCUCCCCCCUCUCCCCCAGCCCAGCCAGCCUGUCCUCCUACCACGGAGACGACAGCGACAGCAUCAGCAGCCCCCCCUGGCCCCUCAAAACCCCCUCCAGCCCCAAACCCAACCCCAACUCCUCCUCUCUCAGUGGGGAGCGAAUCACGCGGCUCUUUGAUCUUGGUGUGGAGCCGGAGAGGCGGGGCUGGGUGGAGCGAUACCUGACCUUCAUGGAGGAGAGGGGCACGCCUGUUGCUCAGCUUCCCACUGUGGGCAAGAAGCCCCUGGACCUGUGGAAGCUCUACAUAGCUGUUCGUGAGAUAGGAGGCCUCGCCAUGGUAAACAAGAACAAGAAGUGGCGCGAGCUGUCCUCCACCCUGAACGUGGGCACAUCCAGCACCUCCGCCAGCUCGCUGAAGAAGCAGUACAUCCAGUUCCUGUUUGCCUACGAGUGUAAGACGGAGCGGGGGGAGGAGCCGCCGGCAGACAGCAGCAGCAUGGCCGGGGGGGACAGCAGGAAGCAGGUCAAGAUACAGCCCCCCUCACCUGCGAAUUCAGGCGGCUCCCUCCAAGGCCCGCAGACGCCUCAGUCCUCCGGCAGCAGCUCUACAGCGGAGGCAGCGGGAGAUCUGAAACCCCCCACCCCUGCCACCACCCCUCUGGGACAGGUCACACCUCUGCCCCCCAACAGGAGCAGUGUGAGCGUGCAGGAUCCCUUCUCGGAGGUGAGCGACCCUGCCUUCCAGAAGCGUGUUACCCCCCUGCCCCCCUCAGCUCCCUACCAGCAGGGCCUCAGCAUGCCUGACAUGAUGAUGAGGAUGCAGUAUGACACCAAGGACCCCUUCGCCGGGAUGAGGAAGAUGGCAGGAGCUGACCCCUACAUUCCGGGUCAGAUGCCGAGUGGAGGCAUGCAGGACAUGUAUGGUCGCCCCCCGUCGGCGCUGAGCAUGAGCCAGCGCUCGCAGUACCCGUACGGGCCGGGCUACGACAGGAGACCGGACCAUGUCAUGGGGAUGGAGGGGAACAUGGGUCCCCCUGGGAGUCAGAACAACAUGGGACCUUCCAACAGUGAGGGCAGCAUGUACUCUCCCAGCAGAUACCCUUCACAGCAGAGACACGAUGGCUACAGUCAGCAGUAUCCCAGCAUGCCAUACGGGAUGCAUCCAUCUGGGAUGUACCCACAGCAACAGGGCUACAAACGGCCAAUGGACGGCAUGUACGGCCCCCCCCCCAAGAGACACGAGAGCGACAUGUACGCCAUGCAGUACGCCAACCAGCAGCCGGACAUGUACAACCACUACGGCGGGGGGUACUCGGGCCCCGAUCACAGACCCUUACAGGGACAGUUCCCCUACCCUUAUCCCCGCGAUCGCAUGGGCCCCUCAGGUCAGAGCCAGCACAGCAUGAUGGGUGGGGGGCCCACUCCUAACCAUGCGGCCGAUGGCCCCAACAUGUGGCCCUCCAGAACAGACCUGGGCUAUCCUUACCCCAACAGACAGGGGCCGCCGUCACAAAUGCCCCCCUACAUGAGUAGAGAGGACAUGGAGGGGCGCCCGGGACAGGAGCAGUGGCACCGUCAGUCCCCUUACAUGUCAUCAUCGGGGGGCAUGAUGCCCCUGACCUCACGCCAGCCAUCUUCUUACUCUAACUCUCCCUCCAUGCUCAACCACCUGCCCAGGGCCCCCAGCCCGGGGGCCUUCCAGCGCUCCAUGGACCCCAGGAUGUCUCCGGGCAAGGCUCCGUUCAUGUCAGCCAUGAAGAUGACAAAGCCUGGGAUGAGCAUGAUGGGCCCACAGGGGCCCCUCGGUCACUACCCCCACAACCUGAGGCGGGACCUCAACUACCCCCCAGGAUCAGUGGAGGCCACCAUGCCCCUCCUCAAGCCCCGACGCAGACUCACCUCCAAGGACACCGGAACGCCGGAGGCCUGGCGCGUGAUGAUGUCGCUAAAGUCCGGCCUGCUGGCGGAGAGCACCUGGGCGCUGGACACCAUCAACAUCCUGCUGUACGACGACAGCACUGUGGGCUCCUUUAACCUCUCGCAGCUGCCUGGAUUCCUAGAGCUGAUUGUGGAGUACUUCCGCCGUUACCUGAUCGAGAUCUUUGGCAUCCUGGAAGAGUUUGAGGUGGGGGCCGUGGCUCAGAAAAUAAUUUUGGACCCUGCUGCUGACCAGAAAGAAGAAGCGCCCGCUGACCAGGAAACAGAGUCUAGUGCUCAACCUGAACCUCACGCAGCUCCGGGAGCAGAGGUGGAGAAAGCGGCGGCCAUUGUGGAAAAAACUCCACCAGACACUGCAGAGCCAGCCGAGGUGAACGGUGAGACAGAGGUUAGCGUCAAGAAGGAAGAGGACGGAGAGAAAGAGGUGGAGGCAGAGAGUGGAAAAGCAGUAGAGAGUAAAAAGGAGAGCGCAGAGACGGAGCCUAAACCCAAACAAGCUAGUAAAUACGACCGGCUCCCCAUCAAGAUCGUCCACAAGGAGGAGCUGACGGAGGACAUGAUGGAGCACUUAGGCUACGUCACCGAGUUCACCAGCGGGUUGCUCCACUGGCAGGCAGGCGGGGGGGAUUCCACCGCACACAUUCAAACACAAUUUGAACCCCGGAGCGAACCACCUGCCAGGGCGGAGGGAAAGACAAACAAAGAGGAAGACAACAGAGAGGAUGAUGGAAAGAAACAUUUCACCGCGACAAUUGACGAUGUUCUGUGUGCUCGGGUCGACGCCCUCUCCUACGCCCACCCCGCCCGCUCCCUGCCCUCCUACCCUUUCAGGGUGCACGAGGACGGCGAGCAGGACCACAUCACCCUGCUGGAGGACGAGCCGCGCUGCCAGGACGAGGCUCCGCUCUCCACCUCCUCCGCCGGGCAGGACGCGCUGGCCAAGCGCUGCCUCUGCGUCUCCAACAUCGUGCGCAGCCUGUCCUUCAUCCCCGGGAAUGAUUUGGACAUGUCCCGCCACCCCGCGCUGGUCCUCCUCCUGGGCAAGCUGCUCCUGCUGCACCACCAGCACCCGGAGAGGAACAGGUCGCCGCCCGGCUACCGGAGGGACGAGCUGCAGGAGCAGGGGUCCUCCAGCAGCGAGGGGGAGUGGUGGUGGGAGUGUCUGGGUCUGCUCAGGGAGAACGCCAUGGUCACUCUGGCCAACAUCUCGGGCCAGCUGGAUCUCUCCACCUACCCGGACACCAUCUGCCUCCCCAUCCUGGACGGCCUACUCCACUGGAUGGUGUGCCCCUCGGCAGAAGCCCAGGACCCCUUCCCUUCAGCAACAGCCCACUCCCAGCUCACUCCCCAGAGGCUGGUGCUGGAGUGCCUCUGCAAGCUCAGCAUCCAGGGCGGGAACAUCGACCUCCUGCUGGCCACGCCCCCUUUCAGCCGCCAGGAGAAACUCUUCACCGUGCUGCUGCGCUACAUCGCUCAGAGGAAGGCGCAGGUGUACCGGGAGAUGGCCGUGGCUUUGCUCUCCCACCUGGCACAGGGAGACCCCACGGCGGCGUGCGCCAUCACCAUGCAGAAAGGCAGCGUGGGUAAUUUUGUAGGCUUCUUGGAGGACGGCGUCAGCAUGGUGCAGUACCAGCAGAACCCUCACAGCCUGCUGCACAUGGGGCACCCCCCCAUGGACCCGCCCAGCACCAACAUGAUGUGCCGAGCGGCUAAGGGCCUGCUGGCCAUGGCCAAAGUGGCGGAGAACAAGACAGAGUUUGUGCUGUACGAGAGCCGAUUAUUAGACAUGUCCAUUUCCUCCGUGCUCAACGCGGGGGUGGUGGCUAUCAUUUGCCAAGUUCUCUUCCACUUAGGGAAAUUGUGACAAGAGGAGAGGCGUGACUCACCCGGCAGAUGCUAACAUACUCCUGUGGUUUUCUAUUUUUAUUUAUCAAAAUGACAGAAAAUGUUUGUUUUUCUAAAAAAGAAAUAUCCACAUAAACAAAAAUAUCUAUAUAUGUAAAGCCCCCGUUUAAAAAAAAAAGUGGGUUUGGGAUUUGAAAACCCCUUUUAAUACAAAAUAUUUAAUACCUGCUGGCGAUUGCUACUUUUGUUCGGCAUUUGUUUUUCGCUUGUUUACUUUUUUUCAGCCAAAGCUGCCACCAGAUGUUGGUGCUGAAUUACGUGGUUCCUUUUGAGUCGAUGGAGAUGUUUUUCAGUUUUAUAAAUGCUAAAUAUACUCAUCAACAUUUUGUUAACGGAGAGUAUUUAUUUAAAAUGUGACACUGUACAGUAGUUUGAACUUUUUUGCCAACAGUCGUGGGAGAGGGGGGAAAAAACACUGACUUUUCAAAUUGAAAUGUAUAUGUCUCCAUCGCUGGAAGAUAAAUUGUGCAAUAGGACUCCAGAGCAAGUUGUCCCUUUUUGAAGAAUCUUUAAAGACACAGUCUGCAGUGUGUGCUUUAGGCCAUGAGGAGGCAGCAUUGCACCAGCCAAUCAACAUGAGAGAUAAGCGUCUGUCAGAAAAGCCUAAUUUAUCAAUCAUAGCCUCAACCACUCUCACAGAAGAACUUUUGUGUUUCCCAAGCACUUGUGUCAUGUCUGUAUUUUUUCAUCACUGUGUAUAUAAACUGUUGGACGCACAUGAUUCUUUCAGUCUCAAUCAAGCAUAGCAAGAGACUCUCCGACUAUUAUACAAAUGCUUUUAUCGUUGGUAAAUUUGUUAUUGUUAUUAUACAUAUUUUGUUAAUGGGGUCAAAUAUUUGAACAUGGCAGAUGUAACUGGUGUUUCAAUGUAAAAAAAAUCCUGUAUGCAUUGUAUUAUAGCUGAGAAAACAAUCGCUUUGGUAAUCAAAUGUGAAAGUGCCAGGGUGAGAGGUCACAUAAGAUAACACAUUUCUGUUUGUUUACUGUCCUCCAUUCAUGUCAAGGGGCAUAUUUUUAAAUCGAGAUAAUGCUCUAAAAAAAAACGUGUGAAAAGAAAAUGUCCUGAGAGCUCAUUGUAAAAUUUGCCUUUUUUUCGUAUGACUCCAUGUCUCUCUUUUAUUCAGUAUACACAUUUAUACUCUGUGCCGCACAUGUCACAAAUAAAUGUACUAAACAUUGUUAAGCACCGGAGACGUUGCAUUAUGUCCAGACAAUCUUAGGCCAAUAAAACAAACAUCAACUGCUUA